AUGAAAGCUUAUUAUCAACCAGCAAAUCAAAUAGAUUUGUUUACUAGAUUUACUACACAAGCUGAUUAUAAUAAAUUAGAAAUUAUUUCAAAGAUGCGAUGUGUAUAUUUAUAUGCACAAAAACAUCUUCCAAUUUUUGCUUACCCAGAUAUUAUUAAUUUGAUGAAUUUAAAUCUAAAAAAUCAAACCGAAUUAGUAUAUGAUAGUGAAGUUCAAACUUUAACUUCUCCAUUUUUUGGUCCAAAAAAAGAAAAAUUAGUUACAGAUUUUUCUGAAAACUCUUCAAAUUAUGCAAAAUAUACUAAUUCGGUUUCUGGAACUACAUUUUUACAUGCAAUUGCAACAGUAAUUAAGGAAUCAGUUUUAGAAGAAACAAGAAAAUUAUCAGCCUGGAGUUUGUUAAUUGAUGAAAGUAAUACAAUUACACAUAAUAAAACUUGUGCAAUUGUAAGCAAACAUGUAGCAAAUAAUAUUCCUGUACUUCAGUAUUUAGGAUUAAUUGAAUUAAAAGAAGUAGAUGCAAUAGCAUUAUGA